UAAGACAUGCCUGCCAAUUUUAUAAAUUAAUAGGACUAAUGUCUGUAAAAUAUUUGUUUAAGAACGAUUUUUCACGAUGAAUAUAAAGCAAGAUACUUCAGAGAAAGACCUUUUAGGUGCGAUAAAGAAAUUGUUAAAAAAGAGUGGACAUCUCGAAAAAAUACAAGCGGAGACUCGAGCCAAAGUGACCGAAAUUCUGCAGGAAAGGCAAGAAUACUUGGACUCUGGUACGCAGCGGCCGAGCGCGCCUGCGCCGACCGAUGCUGUGCUGCUCACCAACGAACUCGUGCUUGAGUACCUACAGUGGAACGGGUACUUAUAUACAGCUUCAGUAAUGGUAUCUGAAGCUGCUAUGCCAGCCGAACGUCGCAAGCGCACCGAGCUCUGCGCCGAGGUUGGAGUGAGAGACGACGAGAAGUCUCUCUCGCUCCCGCUACUGUCCAACAUUGUGGCCGCGUACAUAGAGCGCAUCAAACGCAAGAUCAGCAAGAGUAAGAGAGAUGGAUAGAUUAUUUCUUUAAUAAAAGUGAAAUUUACUUUGAAA